GGAUGGUCAAUUAAUACUGCACAAAAGUGGUUGUUUUCCAUGUUAUUGAAUCAAAAAAAUGUUUUUAAUUUGAUGUGGAUGUUUUAGGAAUUUGCCCAUAUUAUGGCACCUUUUGAUGUACACUACAGUUCAAUAUUUUGGGGUCACUUAGAAAUGUCUUUGUUUUUGAAAGAAAAUCAAAAAUUGUGUCCAUUAAAAUAACAUCAAAUUGAUCAGAAAUACAGUGUAGACAUUGUUAAUGUUGUAAAUGAUUAUUGUAGCUGGAAACGGUUGAUUUUUAAUGGAAUAUCUACAUACAGUGGUUUCUCCUUUAAAAGUUACGUCAUACAGCUGCAUUUUAACCUAACUCCUAAACCUUACCUUAACCCUAACAUUAACCCUUAGCCUAGCCAAUGUUAGUCACCUAGCUACCUUGCGAACGUUAGCAAAAACAAAUUGGAAUUUGUAACAUAUAAUACGUUCAGCAAAUUGUUAACAUAAUAGUAUUUUUUUAAACUGCAUUGUUGGUUAGGGGCUCGUAUUAGCAUUUCACUGUUGUAUUAAUUGCAAUUCGUAACAUAUUGUAUGAAUUGCAAUUCGUAACAUAUCAAAGGAAUUGUAAUCCAUAACAUAUCAUAUACAAAAUGGAUAAAGAACAGCCAAAACUUAAUACCGUAACAUAUCAUACUAAUCGGAAUGUCUGGAUUUACAUUUACUAUGUUACCUCUACCCCUGAGUCCAGGUUGGCAACGGUCCUGCUGAGUUCAAAACUGAAGUUUCCCAGCUGUCUAAAAGGGUGGUUCUUGAAACAUAGCUUUAGUUUCCUGUGUUGUUCCACAGUUGAAAAGUUCUAACUCUGAGACUUGAUCAUGUAUGUGCUGAAUUGCUUCCCCAUCCACCUGCUGCUCCUCUUCUCCUCUCUGUCUGAAUUGAUUCCUCAGAUGAAGAUUUUGCACACGAUGAUGCAUGGUGUCGGUUUAGCUCCAGAGAUUUACAUGACAUGGAGUAUAUUUUAGAGCAUCAUUUUAACAAGAUCAUGGUGGCUCAGUACAACAGCACCACAGAGAGGUGGACAGGAUACACAGCAUGGGGAGUGAUAUCUGCAGAAAAGUGGAAUGAGGACCCAGAUGAGAUCCCCAGGAGGAGAUCAGAUAUGGAUGUGUUAUGCAAGCCAUAUGCUAAUCGGAUCUACAACACAACAGAGAUGUUUAUGGUUGAGCCCAAUGUCACACUGAGGCUAGAGGGGCCAUCCAGUGACUCCAGCCUUGUGUGUAGUGUCCACUUCUUCUACCCUAAACACAUCAGAGUGACGUGGCUGAGGAACGGGGAGGAAGUGACCUCAGAUGUGACCUCCACUGACGUACUGGCCAAUGGACUCUGGAGCUACCAGAUACAGUCCUAUUUGAAGUACACACCCACAACUGGAGAGAGGAUCACCUGUAUGGUGGAGCACAUCAGCCAGACUGAGCCCAAACUUUAUUACUGGGACCCCUCCUUGCCUAAGUCUGAGAAGAAUAAGAUAGUGAUCGGUGUCUGUGGGCUGCUGCUGGGGGUGGUCUUUGUAGUAGCUGGACUGAUCUACUGGAAGAAAUCUACUGGACGGCUGUUGGGUCUUAUUGGUGAACUUGAUUAUGGGACUUGUGAUGAUGGUUUAUUCUCAUGCCUCUUAAUUCAGUAUCUCUGUUUUACUUUCAACAGGACGGCUGUUGGGUCUUAUUGGUGAACUUGAUUAUGGGACUUGUGAUUGAGGCCGUGUGGACGAAGGCUUGCUUAUCAAAUCCCUGUCAUUAACUGAUGGUAGCUGAUAUAGUUUGCUUUUUAGCUGCUGUUGCCUCUAGCAGCUGCCCCCCCCCCCCCACCCCUAUUCAAAAUGCCA